AUGUUAAGUUUCACAGAAACCGAAAAAAUUUCAUUAAGCAGCGCUGUAUUAACCUUUGCUGGAAUCUUACUCUAUAAUACAGAAGAUGGUUUAGCACAAUAUCGGGAUUGCAUUUAUUACUUGAAUCAAACUGAUAUAGUAAAAUAUUGUUUAAGAUCUGAUGAAUCGUUUGUACUUGAACGUCGCGGAAGUGAGAGGUGUUCCCCGGAUGCACAACAACUUGAUUUUAAAACAUUAAAAAUGAAUCAAAUACAAUUGAAUGACAUUUUAUUAUGGAGUGGAUCAACGAUUGAAAUAGCUGAGAAUUAUGCAGCAUAUUUAAAUGGAGAUAGUCGAAAUGACGAUGAAAUUUUAUGUAAUUGUACAAAAGAAGGUAGUUUUGGGAAAUAUUGUGAAUAUGAAUUUAUAUCACUAUCAACAUUCGAAGAAACAUUAAAAUAUCAAUUUCUACUAAAAGAACACGAUUUCAAUAUGAGAAUGUAUGACGUAAUAACAGAACAGUUAGAGGACGAGCAAUUUGCUAAUGAUGUUGAGUCAUCACGAGGUUGUCCGUUUAAACCAGACCAUUUUAACUGUGAUGAAUCAUUAUUUCAUCAAAAAUACUUUUCAUGUGGCGAUGGUCAAUUUAUCGAAGCAGAAAUUCGAUAUAACAGAAAUAUUAAGAAAAACGAUUAUUGUUCAAGUUUUCGUGAUAAGAACUUCAUGUGUGAAAUCGAUGAAAUAAACCCAAUGUGGACUGAUGGUGGUCAGGGACAUUGUUUGUUAUAUGGUAGUGACUCAAAGUAUCAAUUCUAUCACAAACAUUGUAUAUUCGAGUUAAAAUGUAAACUUACCAAUGGUCAACAACACGAGCAGUGUGAUCCUUCGAUUCUUCAAUCAAAUUGUGAUAUGCCAUCAUCGUCGGACAAACUUCGAUAUCCAGUUACCUACCCGAGUGGAAGUAUUUUGACACCGUAUCUUCAAAUUGCUUUUCCUUCAAAUGUAGUACCAGAUGAACAGAAAAUACAAUACUUUUAUUUCGUUAAUUCCGUUAAAUGUCGGGGGUUCCAAGCUAUGCUUCCUAGUAAAUUAGAUAUUUCUCGUGAACAGUUUUUCAGUUUUACAUAUAGACUUGAACAUGUUUUAUGUCGAGAAGCUCUUCGAGGCAACACUAAUAUUAAAAAGAACCAUGAGGGACCACAGUAUCAGAUGAACUGUUCUCAUUUUCGCUGUGGUGAUACAUUUCAAUGUGUUUCCGAAUAUCGUUUACGCGACGGUUAUAAUGAUUGCUUAAAUGGUGCUGACGAGUCACCAACACUAAACUGUCCAUUAUUUGUUCAAAAAGAUCGAUUUCAAUGUUCGAUGAGUGAACAAACAUGCUUAUUACCAACUGCUUUAGGUAAUAUAAAAAGCGAUUGCCGUUUAACUAACUGGGAUGAAUAUAUCGAGGAUAAAAACAUAAAACUAUCAAAUUUUUUAUGUCGACAUUCAAAUUCAGUACAAUGUGAAACACUUCGAAACUACAUUUUAAACUCAUCUGCGACAUCAUUUUUAAAUAAUACAGUCAAUGACAACACUUUACAGCAGCAAAUUAGCUUUCGUCAAUAUUGUGAUACAUUUUGGGAUUUAAAUACAAAGAACGAUGAAAUACAAGAAUUAUGUAAAAAAUAUUGGAUAUGUUCAAAGGAUGAAUUUCAGUGUAAAGCUGGCGGAGAAUGUAUAUCAUUGACGUGGGUGUGUAACAAUGUUUGGGACUGUAGUGAUGCAAGUGAUGAACAAGGUAUGUUUAUAAUUCAACACUUAUCAAAACAUAACAAUGCGAUUAUGAAUUUAACUGAAAUGAAACAGCGGUGCUAUUCAAUCUAUCGUGAACAGCCGUUUAGUCAAGCAACAGCAACUCUUACUGCUGAAAAACAAGUUUUGAUACAGUACAAUGAAAGGUGCAAUAUUACUACAGAAUAUCCAUGUAUACGACCUCAUACAGUAGCUCAAUUUGCUUAUUACCAACUUCUUUUUUACAACUUUACCAAUUUGAAAAUUUACCCAAGACCAUGUAUACGGCUAGAGCAAAUAGGUGACGGCAUUCCCGAUUGUUAUGGCGGAAUUGAUGAACGAAAUACACAGACUGGUUGUUUGUCAAAUGAAAUGCUCGGAUUUGAUUUUAAAUGUGAACAUACUGAACAACAACAAUGCAUACCGUAUAAAGAAAGAUGUAACGAACGUUGUUUAAACAAUGAAGAUAAAUUACUUUGUGAUACGCUAAGCUGUAUAUUACUUUGUCCAUCGCUUCGAUCUUAUCAAGAUGAAAAAUGUAGCAGAAUAAUUGAACCGACUGAUUACUUUACUAGGAACAGUCUGCAUUACUGUAAUACAGACGAUGUCUUAGGAAUAUUGCCAUAUCGCUCGAAUGCAAAAUUACAAAAACCAUUUCCAACAAUAUGCUUGCCAACUAUUCCCCCAUUGUCAAUCAAUGACCAACAACCUGAUCAGUCAUGUUUAACAACCGGCAUUUACCAAACAAAGCAAUCAAAUUAUAAGAAGUCAUUCAAUAAUCAACUUGUAAAUAAUAUUCAAGAUUAUUUUCGAAAUCAAACGUUUACUAGUAUAAAAGAUUUAACAAUUGCACAACGUAUUGAAUAUCAAGAAUAUGUUAUGAAUAAUGCAUGGGAAGGCUGGAUAUGUAUGCGUGGUAUAGCCGUAGUUGUUGAUAAUCAUAACGAAGCCGAUACUGUAUGUUUAUGUCCACCAGCUUUCUAUGGUAAAUUCUGUAAUCAUUUUAGUGAUCGUAUAACAGUUAUAAUAAGUUUAGAAAAGAUUCCAUUAGAUGUAACAAUGAUGAAAGUGCUAUCAACGUUUCUGUUAGAUGAAGAUAUAAUUGAUACCGAAGAAUUUCAUGUUCAACCAACAGUGGAUGAGAAUAGAAAGCAUCGGUUUUAUUUCGUUUAUCCGCGUCCCAGAAUAUUAAACGGAUCAUAUUCGGUACGAUUCGAAGCCUUUCAGUUACAUGUUAAUUUAAGUAUUAAUUUAUUAGUUGUUUGGCAUUAUUCAAUUCAACCGUUUGUUUUCCUACCAUCAUAUCGGCUAGCUAAAGUUUUGAAAUUUCAACAACAGCAUAUUUGUAAAAAAACUAACCCGUGUAAACAUAACAGCAAGUGCUAUCCGAUUAUGAAUAAUUUAGAUGAAUACUUUUGCCACUGUCAGAAUAAUUCAAGUGGAAAAAACUGUGAAAUACUAGACAGUUCAUGUGAUACAACGAAUUAUUGUUCAUCCAAAGCUGUUUGUCGACCUCGCCUUUCUUUGAAACCGUUGUGUAUUUGUCCACUGCAUCAUUUUGGUCCCCGAUGUUAUUUAACUAAUUCUCUUCUAACGAAACCAAACAUGUGUUCAAACAAUGGAACAAUGCAUGUAUCAUAUGAUCCACGUUCGACUCAUAUGUAUAAAUGUACAUGUGAUAAAAACUAUUAUGGUGAUAACUGUCAGUAUGCAUCCGGUAGCAUUCAUUUAGUUUAUAAUAUUUCAUAUUCUGUACAACAAGCAUUAUCUUUAUCAUUUGGUGCUGCUGUUAUUCAACUAUAUGAUUUCCAUCCAUCGUCAUUAAAUUUCAUUAUAAAAUAUCAAAUUGUAUUGAACAAUAUACCAAAGUGUUCACAAAUAAGUAACGGUGAAGCGCUCGUACCGACGAUAGGCUUAUUAAAGCUGCAUUAUAAAGACCCAAAAGAUCCACAUCCAAAAUAUUUUCUAUUGUACAUUCAAAUGAAUAAAUAUCAAUUAAAUGUGACCGUCGAGCUUAGUUUAGACAAUUACUGCCCCAGAGCUGAUGUUUUACAUUCACAUAACAAAUCCCAUAUUGAACAAUAUUUUUUUAAAGGACUGUCAGCUGAUUCCAGUGGUAAUGCUAAUUCUUCUUCAUUAUCAACAGUUUAUGAAUAUCAUGAACUAUGUAGUAAACACAAACCACUGUUAUGUUUUCAUGAUGAUAAUUAUUUUUGUGUAUGUGAUACAUUUAAUAAAGCGGAAUGUUUUGGUUACAAUCAUCAAAUAGAUCGAUGUCAACAUUGUUUAUCACAGGGUCGAUGUAUACAAGGCAACUCAAAUGAUCCUUCAAAUUUUAUAUGUUUAUGUCAAAAAUGCUAUUACGGCUCGAUUUGUCAAUCAAAUAUACAACUAUUAAGUUUUAGUGUAGAAUCACUAUUGUCCAAGGAUUUAUUUUCACCAUCAUUGUUAGUACAAAAAUUAUCAAUAAGUAUUUAUAUAACGAUAACGCUAAUAAUAUCGUAUUGGUUAAUGGCUUUUGUUACAAUUGAACGUAUGUAUAUUGCACUGCAUACCAACGAGCAAUGGUUAAAAAGUCCAAAAAUAGCUAAAAGAAUUGUUUUACUAAUUAUUAUUGGUACUUUAGCUUCACAUGCACAUGAAUUCAUUUACUACGAUAUUGUUCAAGAUUCAAAAUAUACACAGCAUGGUACAUGGUGUGUUACAAAGUACAAUCCUAUUCUAUCAGUGUAUAAUCAAAUCAAUACAUUUAUUCAAUAUUUAGUACCAUUUUUCAUUAAUUUUAUAUUAACAGUCAUUUUAAUUUCAUUAAUUGCACAUAAACGAGCUGCUAUUGCUGAUAAUAAUAAAGCAUUGACAACAGUAUAUCGAGAACAAUUUCAAAAACGAAAAGAUUUGUUUAUACCACCUAUUAUCAUUUUAUUUUGUGCACUACCACAAUUUCUCAUCUCAUUUUCAUUAGCUUGUACUGAAUUAAAUAUUGCAUGGCAACGGUACCUGUUAACUGCAGCAUAUUUCUGUUCUUAUUUACCACAAGUACUCGGCUACUAUUUAUAUAUUGUACCAUCAACAUUUUACAGAGAAGAAUUCAGUGCAACAAUAUUUGGAAAAAUAUUAAAAGAAAAGAACAAACGAACACAACUAGAGCAGCUUGAACGAACCAAUAGAACAACAAGAUUAGAAACAAUAAAAAACUAA